UGCCAAUGGAACACCGAUGCUUACAUCGCGCACAUCACACGCUUGCAGGACAGCUCACGAUCAAGGAGAACACACCCAGCAACAGCGCUGAUCGCAUCCGUACGGCGCGGACGCUUCCGAGCCCUCCUCAAGGCGAAGCGGCGCUCCGAGCUCCCGUAUGCCCGCGGCGCCCGCUGGGGCCUCGCCUCAUCUGCAGCGGUAGCAGGUAAAGCAACCGUCCGCUGGCUCCCCCAGUGUGGGCUGGCGUCUGCAGGGCAUCGGAGAAGCCGGCAUUAAAAGAAAUACCCAGCGUGGAUAAACCUGGAUAUCGCCCUACCCCCUUUUAGUAGUGACGGCCUGUAGCCCUUCUUUCCACCAUGACUGCUCACCGUGCGCCAUCCAUACAAGGUGCUACCCGAGCACCAGCGCAUGUCCCCGUGUCCGCAGCUCGUGCUUCUCCAUCUGCCGACACGGCAGCAGCAGCAGCAGCAGCAGCAGCCGCGCAGCAAGAUGCGCUCUCCGUCUUGCUCGUCACGGCCGGCUACGACCAUACGAUCCGCUUCUGGGAAGCGUGGUCCGGUAUCUGCAGUCGCACGAUACAGCACCCCGACUCGCAGGUGAAUCGACUCGCCAUCAGCCCGGACAAGCGAUGGCUCGCAGCGGCGGGGAUGGGCAAGGUGCGCUUGUAUGAUUGCAACAUCACUGCACCGUCGCAACUGCCGGGAGGAGCAGGGCAUGGAGCAGACGGCAGCGGGGCGCCAGGCGGUGCAGCCGGCCAAGCAGGCCUCGGAGCCGGUGGAAACGCAGGUACCGGCGGCGGAGCAGGAGCGGCAGGUGGACUACCCCCUGCUCCGGCACCUGCGGGACCAGGAAACACGAAUGGCUCCCAAGCGAUCCCAGGCCACUCAGGCGGCCAGCCAGUCGCGACGUUCGACGGGCACUCCGGCAACGUCACCUCCCUUGCCUGGCACGCCGAUGCCAAGUGGCUUGCAACCGGCUCAGAAGACGGCACGCUGAAGAUCUGGGAUCUGCGCACCACCUCGCGCGCGCAGCGCUGGUACGACCACCACGCAGCGGUCAACGACGUCGUCGUGCAUCCGAACCAGGGCGACGUCAUCUCGUGUGACCAGGCCGGCAGCGUCAAGGUCUGGGACCUCGGGCAAAACGGAUGCAGCCACGACCUCGUGCCAGAGGAGGACGUGCCUAUCCGCUCCGUCAGCGUCGCAAGCGAGGGAAGCUGCCUUGUUGCCGGCAACCACCACGGCAACGUCUACGUGUGGCGCAUCAACUCGGGCGUCGUCCCAGAUCAGCAAGGCGCUGGAGGGCAGGGUUCGUUGCAAGCAGCCCCGGAAGGCUCCACUGCUGCAGAUGGGCAGCCGCUCGUACCGCCACCGCCGGCGAAUGCGAACCCAGGCGAAGAGUACACAGACUUGCAGCCCGUCACCACGUUCCGCGCGCACGAAAAGUACCUCACAAAGUGUUUGCUCAGUCCCGAUGUCAGAUACUUGGCAACAUGCUCAGCAGACACGACGAUCAAGAUCUGGAACACAUCCCGCUACGCGUUCACACUCGAAAAGACGCUUGUGGGGCAUCAGCGAUGGGUGUGGGACGCAGCGUUCUCAGCGGACAGUGCCUACCUCGUCAGCGCCAGCAGCGACCACGUCGCACGGCUCUGGGAGCUCAGCUCGGGCGAGACGGUCAGGCAGUACAACGGGCACAACAAGGCGCUCGUCACUGUCGCGCUCAACGAUGCGCAUUGGGUACCGUGAAGAGGUCAAGUCGUGCGGAUUUUCUCAUUUGUAUUAUAAUGCAAGCAAGGUCUAACCACAUUCA